UACUGAUUAUCAUUAUAUACUUGUGCCUCAUUUUCAGCAAGAAGAAAAGAAACCAACUGGUUUGGUUUUUUUAAUAAGAAAUGAAUAGCUGUCAAAGAAAGUCAGUUUGUGAAAGAAGAAUCUCCUCAAGAUAGGGGUCAAAGUAUCCAAUAUCUACAAACAAAUCAGAAGAAUUUCCAAGUCAAGAGUUAUUUGCCUUCAAAGUAGGGAUGCUGGAGGAGUAAAUAUUUUUAUACACAUUGAGGGUUGAAGGUUUAUAAGCUACUGUGUUAUCAAUCUGCCAGAGAGGAAUAAGAGAGAGAGAGAUGGCAAGUUCUCUGGAGAUUGCCGCCCCAGACAGGAGCCAAUCUGAAUUCGAGAAAAAGGUGGAUGAGGAGAACGACAAUCCAAUUGAGGAAGUGAGGCUCACUGUUCCAAUAACAGAUGACCCCUCAGAACCAGCUUUAACAUUCAGAACAUGGGUUCUUGGAAUGAUAUCUUGCUGCCUUCUUGCUUUCAUAAACCAAUUCUUUACGUAUCGCCAAAAUCAGUUGUACGUUGGUUCAGUUACAGUUCAAAUUGUUGUCCUCCCAGUUGGAAAGCUGAUGGCAAGAACUCUUCCGAAAAAGAAAUUCCAAGUCCCUUUCACAAACUGGUCUUGUUCGAUGAAUCCCGGGCCGUUUAGUAAGAAAGAGCAUGUAUUGAUCACUAUUUUUGCUGGCUGUGGAGCAAGUGGUGUCUAUGCAGUAAAUAUCAUUACUAUUGUCAUGGCUUUUUACCACAGGAACCUGCAUAUUAUAGCAGCACUUCUUCUGGCGCAAACAACUCAGUUGCUUGGAUAUGGAUGGGCUGGCAUAUUCAGGAAAUACCUAGUUGAUUCACCUUACAUGUGGUGGCCAACAAACUUGGUCCAGGUCUCUCUAUUCAGGGCACUGCAUGAAAAGGAAAAGCGAGCUAAAGGAGGGCAUACUAGGCUACAAUUCUUUCUCGCUGUUUUCGUUUUUAGCUUUGCUUACUAUCUCAUUCCAGCCUAUCUUUUCCCUUCGAUAUCUGCUGUUUCUUUCGUUUGUCUGAUAUGGAAGAACUCGAUCACUGCUCAACAGAUCGGUUCAGGGCUUAAAGGCAUGGGAUGGGGAUCAUUUGGCCUUGAUUGGUCUACUAUUGCUGGCUUCUUAGGCAGUCCUCUAGCUACACCCUUCUUUGCCAUUGCCAAUAUCUUAGGUGGAUUUGCCUUGUUUCUUUGGGUUCUUGUUCCAAUAGCUUACUAUCUUAAUCUGUUUGAAGCAAAACGAUUUCCCAUCUUUUCUAAUAAAACUUUCGACUCCACUGGUCAAAUCUACAACAUUACCAGAGUUCUCAAUCCUCAAACUUUUGAAAUCGAUCGCAACGCCUACAAUAACUAUAGCAAACUCUACCUCAGUGUCAUGUUUGCCUUUGUAUAUGGGUUGAGCUUUGCUACUCUUACAGCUUCUAUUUCUCACGUUGCGCUCUUUGAUGGAAAAACGAUUUGGAAAAUGUGGAAGAAAACAGCUUCAAAAGAUGGUAAGAAUGGGGAUGUACACACAAGGUUAAUGAAGAAGAACUAUAAAGCAGUCCCUCAAUGGUGGUUCCAAGUAAUCUUGAUUGCGUCGAUGGGUUUGGCACUCUUUGCUUGUGAAGGAUUUGGCAAACAACUUCAACUCCCAUGGUGGGGACUUCUGUUUUCUUGUUUUAUUGCCUUCUUUUUCACAUUACCGAUCGGGAUAAUUCAAGCAACAACUAAUGUGCAACCAGGGCUAAAUGUGAUCACGGAGUUGAUAAUAGGGUACUUGUACCCAGGGAGGCCUCUCGCUAAUGUGACUUUCAAGACCUAUGGUUACAUCAGCAUGACGCAAGCUCUUGGUUUCGUACAAGACUUCAAAUUAGGCCACUAUAUGAAAAUUCCUCCGAGAUCAAUGUUCAUCGUUCAGUUAGUGGGAACAAUAGCCAGUUCAUCAGUCUACUUUGGCACAGCAUGGUGGCUUCUAUCCAGUGUGAAGCAUAUCUGUGAUCCAAGUCAACUACCUGAAGGUAGUCCAUGGACAUGCCCUGGUGACGAUGUGUUCUACAAUGCUUCAAUCAUAUGGGGCGUCGUAGGUCCACUAAGAAUGUUUGCAAACCUUGGUUUCUACCCGCAGAUGAAUUGGUUCUUCCUUGUUGGCCUGCUUGCUCCAGUUCCAGUAUGGUGGCUCUCGCGCAAGUUUCCUGAGAAAAGAUGGAUCAGGCUGAUUCAUAUGCCAAUUAUCCUGGGAGCUACCGGUGGCAUGCCACCGGCAAGGGCUGUGCACUAUAUCAUGUGGGGUGCCGUUGGAAUUAUCUUUAACUUCUACAUUUACAGGAAGUACAAGGGAUGGUGGGCUAAGCAUAACUACAUUUUAUCAGCUGCACUAGAUGCUGGCGUUGGUUUCAUGGGAGUAGCCCUUUAUGUCACCCUUCAGUCUAAGGAUAUCUUUGGUCCAGGCUGGUGGGGUCUGGAAGCCAGCGACCAUUGUCCGUUGGCAUCGUGCCCUACAGCGCCCGGAAUCAAGGUCAAGGGAUGCCCAGUUUUUUGAAUUGCUUAAGGAGUCCUUUAAUUAUGAUGACAAAAUAGACCUUGUACAUAGUUUCAAAGGCAUAGCCUCACAAAGGAGAUAACUUUGUCCUAAUGAAUCUUCUCAGCAUUCUCAAGAAAGUAAUUACAAGUUUGAUUUCAAGCAAAAAUGACGGAUCAGUAGUGUUUUGAUCA